UGGUCAACCAGAACUGAGUGGACUCUCUCCACAGCAAUAAUGAAUUUCGCCAGGUUUAUAACGAAAAAUGCUGCCUUGGCCAGUGUGCCCAAGUAUAUCGAUCAUUUUUCAAAAUUUUCUCCUUCACCGCUCUCCAUGAAGCAAUUUAUCGAUUUCGGUUCCAUCAAUGCCUGCGAGAAGACAUCGUUUGUCUUUUUGAGACAGGAGCUCCCUGUAAGACUUUCAAACAUUAUGAAGGAAAUUAACCUGUUGCCUGACAAACUGCUCACUACCCAGUCUGUGCAGAUGGUGCAGAGCUGGUACAUCCAGAGUUUAAUGGAGAUCCUUGAAUUCCUAGACAAGAAUCCUGAUGACUUCAAAGUCCUGGGAGAUUUUGUUGACGCCUUAGUCACCAUCAGAAACAGGCACAACGAUGUAGUGCCAACUAUGGCCCAGGGUAUCAUUGAAUACAAAGAGGUCUUCCCCCACGAUCCAAUAACCAACCAGAAUAUUCAGUACUUUCUGGACCGCUUCUACAUGAGCCGCAUCUCUAUCCGCAUGCUCAUCAACCAGCACACUCUUAUUUUUGAUGGUACUGCAAACCCUGUCCACCCAAACACCAUUGGGAGCAUUGACCCUCACUGUCAAGUCGGAGAUGUAGUCCAAGAUGCUUUUCACAGUGCCAAGAUGCUAUGUGACCAGUACUAUCUCCGCUCCCCCGAUCUGAUACUACACGAGAUGAACAACAAGAAGAGGAACCUUCCAAUAAGCAUUGUAUACGUUCCCUCUCACCUUUACCACAUGCUGUUUGAGCUCUUUAAGAAUGCUAUGAGGGCCACAAUUGAGACCUAUGAGAACAGCAACAACCUUCCGCCCAUUCAAGUCAAGGUGUCUCUUGGAGGCGAGGACAUGGCAAUCAAGGUGAGUGACAAAGGUGGUGGCUUUCCCUUUCGUAGGACCGAGAACCUUUUCAGCUACAUGUACUCCACUGCUCCUGCUCCGCACAUAGGAGACUACAUACGGCCUCCACUGGCUGGCUUCGGCUACGGACUGCCCAUCUCUCGUCUCUACGCCAAGUAUUUCCAGGGGGACCUGCAGCUCUACUCCAUGGAGGGCCACGGCACAGACGCUGUCAUCUACUUGAAGGCACUGUCCACAGACUCCAUCGAGAGGCUGCCAGUGUACAACAAAACUACUCUAAAGAACUACAAAGUGAGCCAAGAGGCUGACGACUGGUGUAUACCCAGCAAAGAGCCCCUAGAUCUGAGGAACUAUAAGAUGGCGAAGUGAAAAUCUCCUCCAGCCCUGGUGUUUCAAGCAUACAUACAAUGAAGCAUUUACAUUUUCUGUAUUCAUAUUCCUGUGCCAUCAUCUGUCAACGCAGAUGUGGGCACCAAACCUUUCUCUACUGAAAGAGUCAUCUCCAGACUAUAGCCGACAAAGUGUCCUCUUAUAUUUUAGUCUGGCUUUAGCAGUAGCAUGUUCAUGUUGUUUUCAGUCCCUGUUGUCCUUUUGGCUUCUUCAUAAGAAAAUAGAAAACAGCUACUAACAGACAUCUGAGUCAUCUCCAAUAUUGCAUUCACAGGGAGUGUAAGUGGACAUGCAACAUCCAGUAAUGUGCAGGAAGAGACAGAGACAGCAUCCAGCACGUUAUGGGUGUGGGAAUAUGAGUAGACCAAUGCAAAGUAACAGGGCAGGGUCUAAAUAUUCCAGCAGCGACGUAUGGAGGUAUUCUGUUGAACAGGGGGGAACCUGUUGUUGAACAAUUGAAAGAGGACCAGAUCCUAUCCUGUAGUAAAUGGAUCACUCAUGCCUUACAGUAGCAGCUUCACUCAAAGGCUUAUUUCAUUGAAAUACUUGAACUAUUUAAAAUGAUACUCAUGUUGCACCUUGUUAAAUUUGAAGUACUGUAAUUGUAGAUUUGAACAAAUGUGUGACUUUUAAGUUGAGUGGUUUUGUGCUUUCUGCAUGUAUAUUUAUUCAUGCUUUAGAAAUUCACCGCAUUUAAAAAAUGUAAUCACAGUAUUCGCACUGACCGAUCAGAUACAGAUAGUUUUCUGGACGAGACUGAAUAUAAUUCACUCUUUUCUGUGCAUUAAUUUGGAUCAACCACAAAGAGUAUUACAUGAUAGAAACCACAGCGCUAUAGGGCCCAAUCUAUCACUGAUGUAUACCACGUUUACAGCCAGCCACCAAAGCAUUUGCCAUGCUUGUUUGGAGGUUUAAUGCUUUUAGCUGAGUUAAAUGGACACCAGUGUUAUUAAACCCCAGAAGGCAAAGCAUGUUAAAUUUUAGUUCCAUACCAGUCUGGGAUCCAACAAGGCAAGGCCAGUCUUAGUCUAUUACACUGUGCCAAAUGAAAAAUGCCCUUGGUCCAAAUGUGUUGAAAAUGCAGCUUUCCUUGUAUUAAAUGUAAAAUGGUUAUUUUUAUAGCUCUACUUUUUCUGACUGAAAUUAUUGUACAUAUUGUAAAUACAAUCCAAAUAAUAAAAAAAGAACCACAAACUCA